AAAGUUGUAUUUUUCCGGCGGUCGAUUCUUUCUAGAAAGGACAAAAACAUAAAAAGUAAACGAGCGAUUGUUUACCAUUCUGAUUAUCUUUUAAUUGAUUUAUAAAAUGGGACGAAGAAAAAGUAAAAGGAAGCCACCAAGUAGAAAAAAAGCUAUUGAACCUCUUGAUACACAAUUUAAUUGCCCAUUUUGUAAUCAUGAGAAAUCAUGUGAGGUUAAGAUGGAUAAACCAAGAAGUACAGCACGAAUAACUUGUAGAGUUUGUCUUGAAGAUUUUCAAACUACGAUUAAUUUAUUAUCCGAACCAUUAGAUGUUUAUAAUGAUUGGAUUGAUGCUUGCGAAAACGCUAACUAAUUAAUUUCAAUUUUUUAAGAUAAUUCACGCUAUUAAAUUAGUAUGUCAUUAUUUUUUUAAUGAGAAUUAUUUCAUACUUCUCAAUUCAGAGUUUAUUUUUGUUUUACUAUUUAGUUACAAGUAAAUAUGUGUGAUAUUAAUUGUGAUUGACUUAUGAUACUCAAGUUAGCAGAAACUUAUUAUUUUUUAACCGAAAAUUAUAU